CACACACAAACAGACACCUGUACACACACAGACAUGUACAUGUACAUACACAUACAGACACAUGUACAUACACGCAGACACAUGUACAUGCAUACACAGACACACACAAACAUGUACACACAUGCACGCACGCUGUUAAGUUGCAGUACUUCGUUGUUCACUCACAGAGCCGGGUACUGCACUCUAGGGGGAGGCAGAGAGCACAGCACACACUCCUUCCUUUGCUUUCACUGCGCUCAGCUAUUGAGCAGUCUGACCGCUCCCAGUGCCAAUGACAGAUCCGGCCUGAGCUCC